AUGACGCUGCUAUUGAAACUCAUCAUAAACUUCACUUUAUUGCUGCAAACAAUAAUCGCCGUGUCAGUUAAUCCAAUGCCUGCUCCCCGAAAUAUUACUUGGGAUAACCAUGGUCCAAUAGCAGUUUCUGCUUCAAUGUUACUAAGAGCUAAUGGGGGCGACCCAGUUCUAGAUGCAGCUUAUCAGAGAACUGUGUUGGCAAUCAGAACAUUAAAAUGGAUACCAGCUGCAAUUGAAAGACCCAUUAAGAGCUACGAGCCUUCGCUAGGUUUCAAACCUCAGGGAGUUAAAUAUACUGGGCCCAAAUUACAAUAUGUUAGAGUGACAAUUAGUGAUUGGGAUUCAGUAUUAAAACUCGGGGUAAACGAGUCUUAUUCCUUGAAAGUACAGAAGAUGUCCAAUAUAAUCGAAAUUAGUGCUGCUACAAUUUGGGGGGCAUUGCAUGCCUUCACAACCUUGCAACAAAUUAUAAUUUAUGAUCGGAACUGGCAUACGUUUAUGAUUGAAGGUCCCGUUGAAAUUUGGGACGAACCCCUUUUUAAACACAGGGGCGUUCUUAUUGAUACAGCUCGUAAUUUUAUUACAAAAGCUAAAAUGCUCGAGCAACUUGAGGUGAUGUCAAUUGCUAAAAUGAAUGUAUUACAUUGGCACAUAGAAGACUCACAAUCGUGGCCUUUAGAAUUAAAUAUUUAUCCUGAGAUGACGAAAGAUGCAUACUCAGACCGAGAUAUUUAUACUAGAGAAGACGUCAAUGAAAUCAUACAGUUUGCCCGUCAAAGAGGCAUUCGGAUAGUACCCGAAAUUGAUCUUCCUGGGCACGCUAGAGCAGGUUGGAGGCAGAUUGAUGAAAAGAUCGUUGUUUGUGGAAAUAGUUGGUACUCAAAUGACAACUUAUCUAGCAUAACCGCUUUUGAAGCACCUCCUGGCCAAAUUGAUAUAAUAUAUGAUAAGACAUACGAAGUUUUAAAUAAUGUGUUCAAGGAAAUAAGCGAAAUAUUUAUCGAUGAGAUGAUUCACGUUGGACUUGAUGAAGUUCAGGAAAACUGCUAUAAAUUCUCACCGUACAUAUCAGAGUGGUUAAAAGAAAACAUCUCCAGAUCUUAUGAUGAUUUGGUUCAAUAUUGGGUCGAUAACUCAUUACCUAUCUUCAAAAAGUACAAACAAAAAAUCGUAAUGUGGGAAGAUGUGUUAUUGGGAAAAGUGCGGGCACAUAAUGUUCUGAAUAACGUUAUACUACAAUCUUGGCUGGAGGAUACAUCCAAUAUUAAAAAAUUGACAUCUUUGGGGUACGACGUUAUUGUAUCUUCUCUGUCGCAUUUAUAUUUAGAUUGCGGUCAUGGUGGGUGGCUCACUAACGACGUAAGGUACGUGGAUGCCCCACGAAAUUCAAAAUUUAACAAAUACUUGGGUGGCUCAUCAUGUGGCCCUUACAAGACAUGGCAGAGGAUUUAUGACUUCGAUUUCCUAGCAAACUUAUCACAUACAGAAAAACUGCACGUUUUAGGAGGAGAGGUCGCAUUAUGGUCUGAGCAGCAAGAUAGCCUGACCCUUAUACAAUCGAUUUGGCCACGUACUGCUGCCUUUGCAGAAUCACUUUGGAGCGGAAAUAGAGAUCCAUCCACAGGGUUUUAUCGAACUAAUUUAGCUACUCAGAGAAUUUUGAAUUUCAGAGAGUAUUUAUUAGCAUUGGGACAUGACGCCUCUCCUUUGGUUCCAAAAUUUUGCCUUCAAAACCCACAUUCUUGCGAUCUCUUUUAUGAUCAAGAUAUUUAUCAUCGGUACUGA